CCCUUUCCCCUCCUUCUUCCCCACGUCAUAUCAUUCUGGGCUCGGCUGCGAGCAAACGGGUGCUACGAUUCAUGAAAGCGUACUUUGUGGCUCUUUACCUUCGUCUUUUCACGUGACGGCGGAGGCUAGGAGGAGAAGAAAGCCGCCUUGCCCAAAGCGGCUUCACGGUCUGUGCAGGGAUUAAAGUCGCUCCGCUUUCGUCGAAACUGCCAGUGGUGCGCAUUCAUGCUGGAGCUAAAUGCGGUACGAAGCUAAAAUGAUGCCGAUGUUCCUGACUGUUUACCUCAGUAACAAUGAUCAGCAUUUUACUGAGGUUCCCAUCACUCCGGAUACGCUAUGUCGGGACGUGGUGGACUUGUGCAAGGAGGCGGGCGAGACCGACUGUCACCUGUCAGAAACGUGGCGCGGAUCCGAGCGAGCCGUAGGGGACGGAGAGCGGAUGCUAGAUGUGAUCCAACGAAGGGGACAGCACAGGUCGGAUGUGCGCUUCUUUCUGCGUCACACCCGGGCCCCAAAUAGGGAAUCUGGGGGGUCCAGAGGUUUAGAGCCAAAGAGAAGUGGCGCGAAAGGCCCCUCAGACAGAAGGAUGGAGAAUGGGGUGUCAACUCCUAGGAUGGACAUGACUCUAGCCGAGCUGCAAGAAAUGGCAGCCAGGCAGCAGCAGCAAAUCGAAGCCCAACAGCAACUCCUGGCUUCCAAGGAGCAGCGACUGCGCUACUUGAAGCAGCAGGAGCAGCGUCACCAGCAACAGGCCUCCGAGCAGGAGAAGCUGCAGCGCCUGCGUGACAACAUCGAGAACCAGGAGGGUCGCCUCAAGAAGGUCCGAGCCCUCAAGGGCCAAGUUGAGCAGAAGCGCGUCAGCAAUGGCAAGCUCGUGGAGGAGAUCGAGCAGAUGAACAACCUCUUCCAGCAGAAGCAGAGAGAGCUGGUGAUGGCCGCGUCCAAGGUGGAGGAGCUGAGCCGACAGCUGGACUUGCUCAAAAGCGGCAAAGUGGAUAACUUCCAUGACAACCAGAGCUCCGUGGCUGAACUGGACCGCCUCUACAAGGAGCUGCAGCUGAGGAACAAGCUCAACCAGGAUCAAAACUCCAAACUGCAGCAGCAGCGCGAGAACCUGAACAAGCGCAACAUGGAGGCGGCCGCCAUGGACAAGAGGAUCAGCGAGCUGCGCGAUCGACUCUGGAAGAAGAAGGUGGCGCUGCAGCAGAAAGAGAACGUCCCUAAUGGCUAUCCCAGUAAAGAGAGGGCUUCAAAAGACACACAUCCUCAGGUGCCUUCCGAUGGCCCAGCCAGUCAACAACAGUCAGGUGGUCCGUCUCGUGUGGCAGCUGUCGGCCCGUACAUCCAGUCAUCCACGCUGCCUCGCGGUGGCUCGGGCAGACACGAACUGCUUGUAAAACCAGCCUACCCGGACGGCACCUCCACCUUGCCGACGCAUGAUCAGCAGGGAAAGCAGCAGGGAAAGGCCGGAACAGGAAACCAGUCAUCGAAACUGGAGUCCAACGGUCAUGUUCCAGCUUCUUCAACGCUUCCACGAAUGACAUCUCACUCCCACAAAGACCAAGAUGACACCGAGCCCAAAAGGGACAGGAAGGUGCGUCCAUUUUCCAUGUUUGAGCCAACCGAGGUUCCUGCCACCUCGCUUCGCAAAAACCAGAGCAGUGAUGACUUGGUCAGAGAUGCCCAAUCUGCUCCCAAGGCGCCAGUUAAAGUCCCACCGCCCGUGCCUACCAAGCCAAAAGGCCCAAAUGUCAUCCCAUACGGCAAACAGGGCCUCAACACAGGCACCUUCCCGAAAGCGAAGCCACACAGCAGCCAGCCCCAUCCUGGCCACGCCCACGUGCCUCUCACGCCCUCCCAGAGCCAGACGCUCCCCCUGCCUCCAAAGCAGGACCCUCCGCCUGCAGCUACCGUGCGGCCUUUCACCCCGGAGCUGCCUUCCUCCAAGCCGCAGACCCUCGCCGCCAGCUCCAUCUACUCCAUGUACACCCAGCAGGCUGGCAUCCAGGGGGCCCUCAGCAGGUCUCAGAGCCGCACCAACGGCUUUGUCAGUGUGUAUGGAAAGCCGGUGAUUCCCAGCGGAGGCUCCCAACACCCAGAGAACCCCUACCUGGACCGUCGCUCCCCGGCGCUUGAAUCCGAGGUGGACCACGGAGCCAACCACACGGGCCCUAGCCCAUCUGAGGGCGGCCAACCGGAGACGGAGCGCAUCCCGCGACCCCUCAGCCCCACCAAGCUGCUCCCGUUCAUUUCCAACCCCUACCGGCACCAGAGCGACGGCGACCUGGAGGCCCUCAGGAAGAAGCUCUACAACGCUCCCAGGCCCCUGAAGAAGCGCAGCUCUAUCACGGAGCCUGAGGGACCCGCGGGGCCCAAUAUCCAGAAGCUCCUCUAUCAGAAAACCACUCUGGCCGCCAUGGAGACCACCGUGAUCACGCCGGGCACUCCCACCCUUCCAGGUGAAGCAGAGAAGGGGGCGGAGGUACCUAUGAAGCCAUACCUUCCGGGCCCCUCGAACAACACAGAGAACCACCCGUCGGAUGCACCCAUCGAGGGGCCGCAGUUCCCAGGCGGGAACGUUCACGUUCCAGCUCCCGCUGAACAAAGCAGGCCGCCCUCCGCCAUCCUGGCCGCAGAACACAUCGUCCCGCCUCCUCCUCCGUCACACCCGGCCCCUCGCCCCGGAGAUGCGCUCUUCCCACCACCGCCACCCCCCGCCAGUCUGGAUGACCCGCUGCCCAACCUCCCCCCUCCACCUCCGGAGGGCUUCCUGGAAGAGUUCCCACCGUACCCGCCGCCACCGUACCCCAGUGGAGCAGAGCAGGACAGCCUGGGAGAGGACACCUUUAACAUGAAAGCGCCCGAAGUCACUGGGCAGGUUGCUCUGCCCCCGGGCAAAAGGACCAACCUGCGCAAGCUAGGCUCGGAACGGAUUGACCACAACAUGAGAGUCAAGUUCAACCCGUUGGCCCUGCUGCUAGACUCAUCUCUGGAGGGCGAGUUCGAUUUGGUGCAGAGAAUUAUCUAUGAGGUGGAGGAUCCCAGCCAGCCCAACGACGAAGGCAUCACCGCGCUACACAACGCCGUGUGCGCCGGACACACGGAGAUUGUCAAGUUUCUCGUCCAGUACGGUGUCAACGUCAACGCCGCAGACAGCGACGGAUGGACGCCUCUCCACUGCGCGGCCUCCUGCAACAACGUUCAGGUGUGCAAGUUCCUGGUGGAGUCGGCCGCCGCCGUCUUCAACACCACAUACAGCGACAUGCAGACAGCAGCCGACAAGUGCGAAGAGAUGGAGGAAGGUUACACCCAGUGCUCCCAGUUUCUCUACGGCGUUCAGGAGAAGAUGGGCAUCAUGAACAGGGGUGUUGUUUAUGCCCUGUGGGACUUCACUGGCGAGAAUCCCGACGAGCUGUCCUUCCGCGAGGGUGACUGCAUGACCAUCGUCCGCAGGGAGGACGAGGAUGAAAUCGAGUGGUGGUGGGCACGCCUGGGAGACAAUGAGGGCUACAUUCCCCGCAACCUACUUGGGCUGUAUCCGCGAAUAAAGCCACGACAGAGAAGCCUCGCCUAAGGAUUCCUGCACAUUUCAACAUCAGCACACUAACAAACACACUCAGACACUACUCGGUAUCUGUCUUUCGGUUAGAAUUUCAAGAUCUCAGGCUGAAGGACUCACAAAAAGACAUAGAAGUGGAUGUCGUCGUCUUAUAUGGGUCAGACACCUGUGGAGAAUUUGGCCAUCAGCUCCACUGAAACACUGAACAUUUUAAAGUUUAGAGCCCAAUGUCACUGAAGUUUUUGUGAGUGGUGUACACACACACACACACACACACACACACACACACACACACAAUCCGGGAAAAGAAGGAAACUGCUGCAAUGAAGGAACACUAAAGCAGAGGUGGGGAAGCCUGCAGCACCAUAUGGGCCAGUUAGAGAAAAUACCCCCGCCGAGGACCUGUUGGGGGGGGAAAAAAAGUUCAACAUGUCGUAUUUGUUCAUAAUUUCAGUAAGGCCCGGCGAGGAAUUUUUAAUUUUUUUUUUAAGACUCCCCACCCAUGCGCAAAAAUGAAGGAUCAAAUAAUAAACACCUUUUAGCCCAACUGUGGCACUUUUCUCCACACUAACGGCAUUUCUGGCCCAGUUCCACAUUUUGAAAAAUAUAUAACGGUAUAUCACUAUUUUCUGAAGUCCCAAAAAUGACCAAAACUGUAGAUGUAAACACAUCAACACACAUGUUUUUUGUUGUUGUUGUUGUUUUUUUUUUUAACUACACGGCUGUUAUGUUCAGUACAGUUGAAUGCGUCAAAUGCUCAGUUACCAUGACAAUCUUAAAGCAGAGGCUUGUUUCUUGUGUACCUUGCCUCUCUUUGGAUAUCCGCGCUGGAGAUCUAAAGUCUCCUUUGCAAGGGGGGAGGGCGAAUCUCUGUAAAAUUAUAUUCAUUGCUGUUCAUCACGUGGCCGAUGACGCCGCAAAGCCUUUGAGCAUUUGUUUGAUAUCCAGCUUAAGAUCCUUGCACUAGUAUGCUCUUUAUCCUCAAGAGUCACACAGUCCAACACACUAGGCUAGUAGAACGGCUAACUCCUUCCUUCCACUGCUUUGGAAUAUUUCUGCAUAGUCGUAAGAUGGCUACACACUAGUAGGACUGCUUGGCAUACUUGUAGGACAACUAGUAAGGGAAAAGCUGUGCACUAGUUGUGACAUGCUAGUUGCUAGCAUGGGAAACGAUUUGAGCUCACGUUCACUUAUUGGGGAUAUCGCCUCAAUGCUGAAAUAACUUCUCAUAAAACAGUUGGAUAAUCACUUGAAGGCACUAAUAAGCCAAAAGUCAACCUGCUAGUACACUGAAUUGGCUUACUAGUGAGGGUAGAGAGCAUACUAGUACCUGGACAUUGAAUAAAUGCUCACACAGAUUUCCCACAUAGCCAUUUAAGCAUUUAUUCAAUGUCCUUGGUAUCCAACCUAAACUCAAUGUACAAGUAGUACAGUCACACUACCAUUUGUUCUGAAUUGUCUGAACUAGUGAGGACAAAGUGUAGUGGAUAUCCUUAAUAUUUAAUAAAUGCUCAAAAAGCUUUCCAUAGCCCUUGUGCUUUGGCUGAAAUGCCACCACUACUUGUAUCAUUGUGCUUCUUGGUCGCAAACGAGUGAUUGGAUGCCGCAGCUGGGACGUAAAAAGAAGACGACUCCCAAUGCUCUAACAUUCCCCCCGCUCUUAAAGUAAUGUAUAGUGACUACCACAAAACCGGAGUUAAGAUGACUUCACAUGUUUUCCUAAUUGGACUGUUUUCUCAGCCAAAUCUCACAGAAUCGAACUGGCAUACUUACUACAUGCAUAUCUCACAGUGCAAGAUGUAUUUAUUUUUGUCACCACUGUUUCCUUAUGCUGUCUCAAUAUAAUCUCAAAUGUACUGUAGUAUUUUCAACAUUUAUAAUAAAAUACUUUGUACCACG